AUGAAGGCCAUGCCUUGGAACUGGACUUGUCUGCUCUCCCAUCUCCUGCUGAUGGGGAUGGGUUCUGCAGCCCUUCUCUCCCGGCAGUCCCCAUCCUCAGCCCAGAAGCGGUCUUUUCUCACAUUCACUGCAGAGCCCGCUGAGGGCUUCAACCACCUUGUGGUGGAUGAGAGGACAGGGCAUAUUUACCUGGGGGCUGUCAACCGUAUCUAUAAGUUGUCCAGUGACUUGAAGGUCCUGGUGACCCAUCAGACAGGACCCGAUGAGGAUAAUCCCAAGUGCUACCCCCCUCGAAUUGUCCAGACCUGCAACGAACCUCUUACGACCACCAAUAACGUCAACAAAAUGCUCCUCAUUGACUACAAGGAGAACCGCCUGAUUGCCUGUGGGAGCCUAUACCAGGGGAUCUGUAAACUUCUCAGACUGGAGGACCUCUUCAAGCUGGGAGAGCCAUUCCACAAGAAAGAGCAUUACCUCUCUGGAGUCAACGAAAGUGGCUCCGUCUUUGGCGUCAUCGUCUCCUACAACAACCUGGAUGACAAGCUGUUCAUCGCCACAGCGGUGGAUGGGAAGCCGGAGUACUUUCCUACCAUCUCCAGCCGCAAACUGACCAAGAAUUCGGAAGCCGACGGCAUGUUCGCUUACGUCUUCCACGACGAGUUUGUGGCGUCCAUGAUUAAGAUCCCUUCCGACACUUUCACUAUCAUCCCCGACUUCGACAUCUAUUACGUCUAUGGCUUCAGCAGCGGCAAUUUUGUUUAUUUCCUGACCCUCCAGCCAGAAAUGAUGUCCCCACCGGGCUCCACCACCAAGGAGCAAGUGUACACCUCCAAGCUGGUGAGGCUGUGUAAGGAGGACACAGCCUUCAACUCGUACGUAGAGGUGCCCAUUGGCUGUGAGCACGAUGGGGUAGAGUAUCGCCUGCUGCAAGCCGCCUACCUCUCCAAGGCAGGGGCUUUUCUCGCCAGGACCUUGGGAGUCCGAUCGGAUGACGAUAUCCUCUUUACUGUGUUCUCCAAGGGCCAGAAGAGGAAAAUGAAGUCGCUGGAUGAAUCAGCCCUGUGCAUCUUUGUCCUGAAGCAGAUCAAUGAUCGCAUCAAGGAGAGGCUGCAGUCCUGCUACAGGGGGGAGGGCACGCUGGACCUCGCCUGGCUCAAAGUGAAGGAUAUUCCCUGUAGCAGUGCGCUCUUAACCAUUGAUGAUAACUUUUGUGGCCUGGAUAUGAAUGCACCACUCGGCGUUUCAGAGAUGGUACGUGGCAUGCCCAUCUUCACGGAGGACAGGGACCGGAUGACUUCAGUCAUUGCCUAUGUUUACAAGGAGCAUUCACUGGCUUUUGUUGGCACCAAGAGUGGCAAGCUGAAAAAGAUCCGUGUGGAUGGACCCCGGGGGAAUGCCCAGCAAUAUGAAACAGUACAGGUGGUGGAUCCUGGCCCAGUUCUCAGGGACAUGGCCUUCUCCAUGGACCAUGAGCAUCUCUACAUCAUGUCAGAAAGACAGCUGACCAGAGUUCCCGUUGAGUCCUGUAGUCAGUAUCGAAGCUGCAGUGAAUGUCUUGGCUCAGGAGACCCCCACUGUGGUUGGUGUGUGCUUCAUAACACGUGUACCAGGAAAGAGCGGUGUGAGAGAUCCAGGGAGCCUCGCCGGUUUGCCUCAGAGAUGAAGCAGUGUGUCCGUUUAACUGUACAUCCUAACAACAUUUCUGUUUCACAGUACAAUGUGCUGCUGGUCUUAGAGACUUAUAAUGUCCCAGAACUUUCAGCUGGUGUCAAUUGUACUUUUGAAGAUCUUUCUGAGAUGGAUGGCCUAGUGGUGGGCAACCAGAUCCAAUGUUAUUCCCCUGCAGCUAAGGAAGUGCCUCGUAUCAUCACUGAGAAUGGGGACCACCAUAUUGUCCAGCUACAGCUCAAGUCUAAGGAGACAGGCAUGACCUUUGCCAGCACCAGUUUUGUCUUCUACAACUGCAGUGUACACAAUUCGUGCCUGUCCUGUGUGGAGAGCCCCUAUCGCUGCCAUUGGUGCAAAUACCGCCAUGUCUGUACUCAUGAUCCCCAGUCCUGCUCCUUCCAGGAGGGUCGAGUGAAGCUUCCUGAGGAUUGCCCUCAGCUGCUGCAAGUGGACAAGAUCCUGGUGCCUGUGGAGGUGAUCAAACCCAUUACCCUGAAGGCCAAGAACUUGCCCCAGCCCCAAUCAGGUCAGCGGGGCUAUGAGUGCAUCCUCAACAUCCAAGGCACCGAGCAGAGGGUACCUGCCCUGCGCUUCAACAGCUCCAGCGUACAGUGCCAAAACACCUCUUAUUCCUAUGAAGGCAUGGAGAUCAACAGCCUGCCCGUGGAGCUGACUGUCGUGUGGAAUGGGGACUUCAACAUUGACAACCCAGCCCAGAAUAAAGUUCAUCUUUACAAAUGUGGAGCCAUGCGAGAAAGCUGUGGCUUGUGCCUCAAGGCUGACCCAGACUUUGAGUGUGGCUGGUGCCAAGGGCUGGGCCAAUGCACCCUCCGGCAACACUGUCCCACCCAGGAAAACAAAUGGCUGGAGCUGUCCAGUACUAAUGGCAAGUGCACCAACCCCCGCAUCAAUGAGGGACUCUACUCAGGAGACAAUGAGACCAAAGCAAGGAUUGUGUGUGAGAUGGGGGAAGCCAAGCCCAGCCAGCAUGCCGGUUUUGUGGAGAUCUGUGUGGCCGAGUGCAAGCCCGAAUUCAUGGCCCGCUCUUCCAAGCUCUACUAUUUCAUGACACUGACCCUAUCUGACCUGAAGCCCAACCGGGGGCCAGUGUCUGGGGGCACCCAAGUGACCAUCACUGGCACCAACUUGAAUGCCGGCAGCAACGUGGCAGUGACAUUUGGAAGUCAGCCCUGCCUCUUCUACAGGCGUUCUACUUCCCACAUCAUUUGCAACACUACUUCCUCAGAGGAGGUGAUUGAGAAGUCAAAGGUGCUUGUGCGAGUGGACAAGGCCAAAAUCCAUGCAGAUCUCUACUUCCAAUAUGUGGAGGACCCCACCAUCCAGAGAAUCGAGCCUGAGUGGAGCAUUAUCAGUGGAAACACCCCCAUUGUUGUUUGGGGGACGCACCUGGACCUCAUCCAGAACCCACAGAUCCGAGCCAAGCAUGGCGGCAAGGAACACAUCAAUGUCUGUGAGGUUCAGAAUUCUACUGAGAUGACUUGCCAGGCUCCAGCCCUAGCUGUGGAUCCCGACCACCAAUCGGACCUGACUGAGAGGCCUGAGGAGUUUGGAUUCAUCCUAGACAAUGUCCAGUCCCUGCUGAUCCUUAACAAGACCAACUUCACCUACUAUCCUAAUCCCGUGUUUGAGGCCUUUGGCCCCUCAGGCAUCUUGGAGCUUAAGCCUGGAACACCCAUCAUUCUGAAGGGCAAGAAUUUGAUACCACCGGUGGCUGGGGGUAACAUGAAACUGAACUACACAGUGUUGGUUGGAGAGAAGCCAUGUACCGUGACAGUGUCAGACGUCCAGCUGCUCUGUGAAUCUCCCAACCUUAUUGGACGGCAUAAAGUGAUGGCCCGAGUAGGGGGAAUGGAGUACUCCCCCGGAAUGGUGUACAUCUCUCCAGAUAGCCCUCUCAGCUUGCCUGCCAUCGUCAGUAUUGCUGUGGCUGGUGGGCUCCUCAUCAUCUUCAUUGUGGCCGUGCUUAUUGCCUACAAGCGCAAGUCCCGUGAGAGUGACCUCACUCUGAAGAGGCUUCAGAUGCAAAUGGACAACCUAGAAUCCCGUGUGGCAUUAGAGUGCAAAGAAGCUUUUGCCGAGCUACAGACAGACAUCCAUGAACUGACAAGCGAUCUGGAUGGAGCUGGAAUUCCCUUCUUGGACUAUCGGACAUACACCAUGAGAGUGUUAUUUCCUGGCAUAGAAGAUCACCCUGUUCUCCGGGACCUAGAGGUACCAGGCUACCGGCAAGAGCGUGUGGAGAAGGGCCUGAAGCUCUUUGCUCAGCUCAUCAACAACAAAGUGUUUCUGCUGUCCUUCAUCCGCACCCUGGAGUCCCAGCGAAGCUUCUCCAUGCGGGACCGAGGCAACGUGGCCUCCCUCAUCAUGACGGUGCUGCAGAGCAAGCUGGAGUAUGCCACAGAUGUGCUAAAGCAAUUGUUGGCUGAUCUCAUUGACAAGAACCUGGAGAGCAAAAACCACCCCAAACUACUUCUCAGAAGGACGGAGUCAGUGGCUGAGAAGAUGCUAACGAAUUGGUUCACUUUCCUUCUCUACAAGUUCCUGAAGGAAUGUGCCGGGGAACCCCUCUUCUCCUUAUUCUGUGCCAUCAAGCAGCAGAUGGAGAAGGGUCCCAUCGAUGCCAUCACUGGGGAAGCCCGAUACUCCCUGAGUGAGGACAAGCUCAUCAGACAGCAGAUUGACUACAAGACCCUGGUCUUGAGCUGUGUCAAUCCAGACAAUGUCAACAGCCCUGAGAUCCCAGUGAAGAUUCUCAACUGUGACACCAUUACCCAGGUCAAAGAGAAGAUCCUGGAUGCCAUAUUCAAGAAUGUUCCCUGUUCCCACAGGCCUAAAGCUGCUGAUAUGGAUCUGGAAUGGCGACAAGGAAGUGGGGCAAGGAUGAUCCUACAAGAUGAAGACAUCACCACCAAGAUUGAAAAUGAUUGGAAGAGACUAAACACACUGGCCCAUUACCAGGUACCAGAUGGCUCAGUAGUGGCUUUAGUCUCCAAGCAAGUCACAGCCUAUAAUGCAGUGAAUAACUCCACCGUCUCCAGGACGUCAGCAAGCAAAUACGAAAAUAUGAUCCGGUACACGGGGAGCCCCGACAGCCUCCGUUCCCGCACACCCAUGAUCACACCUGACCUGGAGAGUGGGGUCAAGAUGUGGCACCUCGUGAAGAAUCAUGAGCACGGGGAUCAAAAGGAGGGUGACCGGGGGAGCAAGAUGGUGUCUGAAAUUUACCUAACCCGGCUACUGGCCACCAAGGUAUGGGAGCUGGGCUUGCCAUUGAGGUUCUGGGUCAAUAUGAUCAAGAACCCCCAGUUUGUGUUUGACAUCCACAAGAACAGCAUCACUGAUGCCUGCCUCUCUGUGGUGGCUCAAACCUUCAUGGAUUCCUGCUCCACGUCAGAGCACCGCUUGGGCAAGGACUCCCCAUCGAACAAAUUGCUCUAUGCCAAGGACAUCCCCAGCUACAAGAACUGGGUAGAGAGAUAUUACUCAGACAUCGGGAAGAUGCCAGCCAUCAGCGACCAGGACAUGAAUGCCUACUUAGCUGAGCAAUCUCGCAUGCACAUGAAUGAAUUCAACACGAUGAGUGCCCUCUCCGAGAUCUUCUCCUAUGUGGGCAAAUACAAUGAGGAGAUUCUUGGACCUCUGGACCAUGAUGACCAGUGUGGGAAGCAGAAACUAGCCUACAAACUAGAACAAGUCAUAACCCUCAUGAGCAUAGACAGCUGA